AUGAGUUACCUUUGGCCUUGACCACGGUUUGACGGUGUAAUGGAAAAUGUUUCCACAGCGGAAGAAACUUAAGGGUGUUUUAAACAAAUAUUAAGGCCUGUAUACCGAAAGUCCGUUUCAGUGUUCUGUGCCAUCAAUACCGGAACUGCAAUUAAUAUCACCAUCUGAUUUUCGGAAUUCUUAAACAUCUGUACUAGAUACAAAAAGUGCCAACUAACAUCAAUUCAUAGGGUUUAUUCACAUACCAACCCAACAGCACCAUGGAGGAAGGAGAGACAGUUUCAGCAAUUGCGAAUCAUUUUGCCGGGAAAAACAUUUUUAUCACGGGGGGCACAGGAUUCCUAGGGAAGGUGCUUGUGGAGAAACUGUUACGAAGUUGUCCAGACAUCGGAACUCUUUACUUGUUGAUGCGUCCCAAGAAUUCUCAGGAUAUUUACGAACGAAGUCAUGAACUUAUAGAAAAAUCGAGUGAUUGGUUGCAGAUACCGGCAUUUGAAAAGUUAAGAAAUGAACAGCCAGAAUUUCACAAGAAAAUCCAUCCUAUCAAUGGAGAUAUUGCUGUGGAUGAUCUCGGAGUGUCCGAGGAAGACGCGAAACUACUCCAGGAAAAAGUAGAUGUGGUAUUCCAUGGAGCAGCUACAGUGCGGUUCGAUGAACCCCUUCGUUUUGCGGUAGAGAUGAAUCUUCUCGGUAUUCGGCGGAUGGUGAAAUUCUGUCGGAAAUUUAAACAUCUGGAGGUUUUCCUCCACAUGUCCACUGCUUAUGCUAACUGCGAUAAACCUUUUAUAGAAGAAAUGAUUUACAAUCCUCCCGUGGACCCUCAGAGACUUAUAGAUGCCCUUGAAUGGAUGGAUGAUGAGAUGGUUGAAAAGAUCACACCCAAACUGAUCGGUAACAAACCCAACACAUACACAUAUACCAAACAGCUGGGGGAGCACCUGUUGGUGAAGGAGGGAUCUGACCUUCCCCUAGCCAUUGUUCGUCCCUCCAUAGUGGGCGCAGCAUGGAAGGAACCUUACCCGGGGUGGAUAGACAACUACAACGGGCCAAGUGGUUUGUACAUUGCUGCUGGUAAAGGAAUCCUGCGGUCGGUGAAGGGAGACUUCCGCUGUGUGGCAGACAUCGUGCCUGUGGACAUGCCCGUCAACAUGAUGAUCGCGGCGGCGUGGUACACAGCUGUUAACAAGCCUAGCUCAACCCUUAUCUAUCACUGUACCACAGGCAGUACAAAUCCCUUCACUUGGGGGGAGAUGGAGGGUGUUGUGAUGAAUUUCUGGAAAAAAGUCCCUCUUGACUCCUGUUUCAGGAGACCUAAGAUUAGCCUCACAAUGAACAGUAUGAUCCAUGACUACUGGGUGUUCGUGAGCCACAUGAUACCCGCCUACUUCGCAGACAUGGGGUACUGCCUCAUGGGAAAGAGGCCAAGGAUGGUGAAGAUCUACAACAAGCUCCAUCGAGCUAUGAACUCCCUCACAUUUUUCACCACACAUUCCUGGGAGUGGACGUACAACAACCUGGACAUGCUGAAGAGUCAGAUGACUCCAGAAGACAAGAGGCGAUUUUACUUUGAUCCACGGGUCAUGCACUGGCCUACCUACUUAGAGAACUAUUGUCUGGGUACAAAGAAGUUCCUCCUCAAUGAAGACCUGUCUGGACUACCAGCAGCUAGGGCCCACCUCAGAAAACUGAGGAACAUCCGAUACACUUUCAACACCAUCCUUCUUGUAGCUUUGUGGCGUGUGUUAAUUGCGAGAUCACAGAUUGCGCGGAACUUGUGGUUCUUCAUCAUGGGGCUUGUGAUGAAGUUUGUGAAAUAUACGCGUAUAACCAGUACAAUCGGUGGGAAAUAAGGACCCGGGUAUGCUUUGGACCACGGACAACAGGAUGUCGGGUACCAAGGAUGGAAAUAAUGAUGUUUAAAGGGGGAAAAAUUCCGCACCCCAAAGCGGGACUGUAAAAAUUCUCACUCCAGCAGUUGUUUUCUGAUCAAAAGGCUGCAAUCGAGAUCCAUUUAUCCAAUGAAAAGAGAGUCAUGAAAUUCUACGAUUUCACAAUCCAGUGUCUAGACUGGUAAGGUUCCACUGUACACUAUUUCAAAGUGUCCUGACAUAUACAAGACUCCAUCAUUGAACAAGACAGACUAGCAGAGAUAUAUGGAUUUGUGAAAUCCAUAUCACCGUUGAAACUGAUAGAUUUCGGAAUGAAUAUGAGAGAACAUAAGAGAUGUGUUUCAGUUGAAAGAAAUGUAUGUGAUUGUUGUGGACGGAGAAAAUGUUUACAAAAAAUGUGUCCUAUUCAUACAAAAUGUUAUGCCUUUAAUAAUCUUGCUAAGCACUAUAUAAGCAUAAUUUUAAGGUGUUGGUGAGAUGUUUUUCUUAAACAGUAAGUAGAGUGGCCAGUUACUUAUACAAAAACAUUUUCUGAAAAAAACAAAAUUAUUUCUUUUAUAAUCAUAUGGUGUUAAGUUUACCAUCCUGUCAAUUGAAAUUUAUAUCUGUAUUUUUUUUUCUUACUUUUUUGAAAAUUUGACAAUAUGUGACAAUAUCUUCCCGGUUUACUGUAACUGAAAAUUAUAAAACAUAGCUGUCAUUUUGACCAAAACUUAACAUAAAUCUCCCUCGAAACUCCCUCAUUCAAGUCUCAUAAACUCAAAAUCUACAUUCUGUGGUUAAACGAUACUCUUGUUACUGCAGGAUGUGUGUAAUGGUCAUAUUAGGUGUGUCUGAAUGAAAUGAAUGCUUUUUGGAGUUAUUUUGGUACAGAAAAAAGGAAAAGAAAAAUUAAGCAAAGCAGUUCACUCAGCACUUUCUCCCUCAUUCGAAAUGUGGAAUGAGGGAGAUCUCGCUCAUCAGAGGUUUCAGAGGUUGACACCAAUGAUAUUAUCAUGCAUUCUAUUGAUAAUAAUAAUGUUACAUUGGGCACUAUAAAGGUUAGUGCGACUAAUAAAUGAUGAAGUGUACAACAGUGUACAAUUUGAUACCAGGAAAUGUGUACUUUUAGUGUGUAUAUAUUACGCCCUCUACAUAGAACUGAUCUGUGUGUAUAUUGUGUCCGUAUAGAACAUCAACUAGAUCAGAAAAGCCUGUGUUUCGAAUGUGUGUUUGUAUUUCACUUCCUUCUGUCUCUGAAACAACAACAGAACUGCAAGUAUUAGCCCGAGUUUUCUCUGGCCCGACACCAGAGGUCUGGUGUCUAUCUGUCAAAAUGUCGUAAGUCUGGGGUCAGGGCCAAAGGAAACUCGGGCUAUGCAAGUAUUUGUAUAUUAUUUUCACAGUACAGUAAUUAUUUUCCAUGAAAAAAUACAUGUGAAAAUAGUUGUGUCAUGACCGCAGCUUACAAACAAAUUUGGCAUAAUUGAUGGAUUUAACAAAUAUGCGAAAAAUUAGGGACCGUGUGAAAAAUACUUUACGGUAAUCAAUUGUACAGUUUUAAAUACAGGAAUGUGGAGUUGUGUGACUUUUGAAUACUUAUAUUUACCUCAUUCACCCCUGAAGACGCAUUUGAACUCUUCUAAUUCAAAGGUCGGAAUAGUUCAUUUUGAAAUUUCAGGGGUGAAAGAGUUAAUAAAGACACACUGUAGACACAUUGCCAGUUCAUUAUCUUCCCCAAAGGAAAUGCAUAAUUUUUUUUAUUAAGAUAUCAACUGUGCAAAUGAGAGCUGUCGGACUGAAAAGUGACAAAUUAUAAACUCUGUAUAUAUAAUGUAUAAUUUACAUCUAUAAUAUACAUCCUCUGUGAUGUACAUUAAUAUAUAUAAAUGGCCAACUGUGUGAAAACAGAUAAGUUCAUGUUUGAAUAGAUGUGUGUAAAUGAUACCAAAUGAAUCUGUUUUUAUAUUGGCAUAAUGACACAAUGUUGUUAGAUCCAUGUAUAAUAUUUAUGUUUAAACAUUUAGCAUCAGAAUUUCUUUAAUACUGAAAUCUAAUAUAUGUUGUGAGCUUUAUGUGUGGGCAAGAACUACAUAACAUUUCAUUCCUCAUGUUUUUCUCCAAUGACAAAACUUCAGCACAUAUGAUUUAGAUUAUGUGCACAUAUUGCUUUUUGAUUUCUGUCUAUCAAAACACCCCCAUGUAACAUAAGACAUUUAUCGGUAGAAAAGAUCUACAUACCAUUAACUCAUUCACCCCUGAUGACACAUUUGAACCCUCCCAAUUCAAAGGUUGGAAUAGUUCAUUGUGAAAUUUCAGGGGUGAAUGAGUUAAUAAAACACUAAAGAACUAAGGACAACAUUCCUAUAGCAAAGUGUCAAUUAUUCAGUGUGAUGCUGAAGGUAUCAUGUGACUGUCAUGUGACCUUGUCAUGUGAUCAGUGUUAGCUGUGUCUUGUCAAAUAUUUUCUUAUCUCGGUGAAACGGUGCAGGAUAAAGUUGCUUCCUUUCCAAAGUGCUCAAUGGGUGUUGUGAAUUUAGAGGGCAGAAAAUGUGAGACUCGUUUCCGGCAAUCUUUGUGAAUUCUGUCUAUGUAUACACAUUCUAUUGAUAUGCUUCAUUCUCACAUCAGACAAUACCAAACUAAUUAAAUGUAUGUGCUUCAUUCUCACACAAAGCAACAGUAUCAGAUAUGUGCUGCAUCCUGACAGGUGAUCGACAGCACCUAUCAUUAUAUGCCUUGAAUAUUCUCACAUGAGAUACCUGCAUGUAAUUACUGAAUACCGCAGUUUAGACUUCGCCUUUUUUGCUCUCUGUAAUGAGGAAAAAAUUGUCAUUGCAGUGAAUAUUAGUAAACAACAUACUACAAAUUGAUAUUAAAUGAGAAGGACAAAUUUAAUAUUGGGCGAAAAUGGAUUUUACCGUCAAAGGGCGAAAAUUACCCGGUGUAUUCAGUAUGUAUACUUCAUUCUCAUAUGUGACACCAACAUUUAUCAAUUUUAUUCUCACAUGAGACAAUACUUAAAAUCACACUCUUUAUUCUUACGUGUGACAACACCAACAGUUAGAUGGGUUGUUAUAAUUCAUUUCAAGAGUAAACAUGAUAAAGAAUUGGAAUCCUUUAUAUAUUCUCUGUGGUAUAAUCAUUAAUGAAGCAGACUUUUGGAUUAUUAUCCUCAGACAGCUUUACUUCAUCAGUACUUCCUUAGAGCAGAAAUUUCAUAACUUGACUCAAAUAAAGUGGUGAUUUACGAAAAUUGAAAUAGCACAAAGCAGUUAUACAUGACAGUAGUAACUCAUGCAGUGAUUGAGUUAUCUCCCUUUGUGUUUUUCUUCCUUCGGUUUUGUUGUUGCUUAUAUUGAAUAAUGAAACUGACAUAUGUGUGAUGAUCCCUAUCGUCUAAGGAGUACAUGUAUGAAAAUUACUUUUGUCGAUCAGUAUGAUACUAAUUAUAUGUGGUCUAUGUACUAGCAUAUGAAUGAAGUUUCGUCUCAUUAUAGCAUAACUAAUAGAAUCUCUCAUCCCCUUGGGGGCGAGAUAGGGGAAUCUCAACCCGAGGGGGAAGAUUCUUAAGUUGCCAAAUACUAGGCUGUGCCGAGAUUUUGGCAAAUUAAGAAUCUUUCCCCGAGGGUUGAGAUUCCUCUAUCUCACCCACAAAGGGGUGAAUGAUUCUUUUUCUCUUCCC